AGUGAUUAUUGAAUCAUACACUUGGCACGUAGUAAUCAUUCAGUAUAAAUUUUUUUUACGUACGAAAUUUAAUGAUAAAUUUAGUCGUAAUUAAAAUGUCUCAGUGGAAGUUACUUGUUCUAUUAUCCCUUUUAACUAUAAGUCAGUGUAAUUCCGAAAUUCCAUCAUUUCUCAAGAUAUGUCAUCGCAGUGAUUUGCAUUUGAAUGAAUGCGUAAAACAUAGUGUAGAAGCUAUCAAACCACAUUUACGAGUUGGAAUUAAAGAGCUAAAUAUUCCAUCAUGUGAACCAUUAAAGAUUUCAAAAAUAAAUAUAAGUCAAUCAUCACCGACUAUUGCUGUUAAAUUUGUUUCUACAAAUAUUUUAAUCAAAGGAGGAACUCAUUUUGUGCUUAAAAAAGUCAACAUUGAUUUCGAUAAAAAUCAAAUUGAAUUAAAAAUUUUUUUUCCUCGAUUGUCGAUGACUUCGGACUAUGACAUAAAUGGAAGAAUUAUGAUGAUACCAAUUAGAGGACAAGGUCAAUCUCAAGGAAAUUUUAGUGAAAUAAAUGCUGAUAUAAUGAUUCAGGGUGAACGUUAUGAAAAUAAUAUAGAUAAAAAAAUAUACUUUAGAAUAAAAGAUGUAUUGACUUAUUUUGAUGUAGGACAUGCUAAUAUGAGUUUAGAUAAUUCGUUUAAUCGUGAUAAAACAUUGGCCUUAGGUAUGAAUACGUUUUUAAGAGACAAUUGGAAAACUGUUGCUGUAGAUAUGAAACCAGCAAUUGGAAAUAGCAUUGCUGAUUUAGUUAAAAAAUAUACAGAAGAAAUAUUUUCUAAAUAUCCAUUAGAUUUACUUUUGCCACUAUAAGAUUAAAUAAAUUAUAUCUUUGAUUAUAAAAUAUUAUUUAGUAACAUUAAAUGCCCAUGAGUUUAAAAAUAUUUUUCACUGUGAAAAAUUCCCAUUAAAUUUUACUAUGGGUGCAUUGUAACCCCGGACCAUAAGAAAACUGGCACAAAAUUUACAAGUGUCCCAUAGUAAACGGUAUGCGCAGACGACACGAUUGGGACCUAUGCGCAUACCGUUUACUAUGGAACACUUGUAAAUUUUGUGCCAGUUUUCUUAUGGUCCGGGGUUACAAUUCACCCAUAGUAAAAUUUUUUGGAAAUUUUUCACAGUGUAAAAAUUGAAUUUUAUUAAAAAUUUGACACUGCAAUCCUUUUAAAUUAUAUUUUUUAAUAUAUGGAUCUUUUAUGAAUGUUAUACAAUCACUAAGAAUAAAAUAUGUAUUUUCAAAAAACAUUACUUAAUUCAAGUAUUUUAC